CCCAUGGAAGGGACCUCAGCAGCUGCAAAUUCCUCAAGCCUCCCUCCUCCAUCCCGAAGGUUAUCACAGAUAAGGCGUCGUAAGAAGAAGACGCGGGAGGACAUGUUUUCUGAAAUUAUGCAAUCCAGCAGGAGUGACAGAGCUCAUCUGAAUGAGUGGAAGGAAACAGUUUCAAAGUAUAGGAAAGAAGUCAGUGAACGUGAGGAGAGGAGGGACCAACGUGAGGAGAGGAGGGACCAACGUGAGGAGAGGAGGGACCAACGUGAGGAGAGGAGAGACGAUCGAGAUGAGAGAUGGCGGCAGGAAGACCAGAGGAUGAAGGAUGCAACGCUGGGGCUGCUCCGGCGUCUGGUGGAGGUUCAGGAACGGCUGCUGGAAAACAGACUGCCGCUUCAGCCCCUGUUCCACCCUCCCCCCUCCCCAUGUUCCGUAUCCUCCUCACCCAGACGUGUAAGAACGCGGGGGGGAGGCUCCGUACACCUUCCCAUUCCACCCCAGUAGACAGCCCAAGCAAAAGGCUGUCAUUUUUUUAACCUUUUCUUUGUGGCUUUUUCCUUCCCAGCAAUCCUCCUCCCAAAUACCACCCGGGUUCCCUCCCUCUUUUUCUAAUCUAUUAAUAAAGAAUAAAUGAUUUUUAAA